UCAAGAGUGCAAAGUCGCCCUUCUUUCCAGUUUGAUCAUUUGCACCCAACGGUAGGACAAGUCAUCCGAGGGGCUUAAACACUUCCCCAAAUUUCUUUCCACAUACACUCUUGGGCCAUUCUCAUUGCAAAUUUCGUGCUGCAAUCCGGCCGCGCUAUCCGCCUCUACACAAGAAGCUUGACUUGCAACGCGGUUCAGGCUUCUAUCGCCGUCCGAUUCCUUGUGCAACCCCCCCCCCCCCUCUCCUCCGCUUUAGGCUGCUCGUGCUGCUAGGCUUUCAACACCCGUAUCCCCAUAUCCCCAUAUCCCCUGCUUCGACCGGAUCAUGGCUACUGUUCAGGCUGCCAGGCUGCUGAGAAGCAGGUCCCAUGUUCUCCCUGGUAGGAACCUUCGGGAUGUCAUGUGUGCAUCCUCGAUUGAGUCUCGUCCGCUCACAACGGGUCAGGUCAAUUGCACGUCACCGAACUUUUUUUCGAGGUGCCCAAGAACCAUGCCCGGCCCGAUGCUGGCACCCUGACGCUGUUCGGCCGGAGCGUCAGGAAACAUGAGCGGCCCAUCGUGCCCCUCUCCGCUUCGGACCUCGCCAGCAAGGAGAAGCUGCCCUAUAUCGUCUACCUCCAGGGUGGCCCAGGUUUUGGCAAUCGCGAGCCGCAGAACAUGCCCUUGACCCAGGUGGCCCUCAGCCGUGGCUAUCAGGUCCUGUACCUCGACUACCGCGGCACCGGGCUCAGCACCCCAAUCAAUGCCGACUCCGUCCUCGCACAGGGCGAUCCCCCGCAGCAAGCCGAGUACCUGAAGCUGUUUCGCGCCAACAGCAUUGUGCGCGAUCUCGAGGCCGUGCGGCUGUGUCUGACGCAGGAUUUUGACGAGGAACGCAAGGCGUGGUCCCUUUUCGGCCAGUCCUUCGGCGGUUUUGUCGCCUUGACCUACCUCUCCAAGUACCCUCGGGGCCUCCGAGAGGUCUUUAUGACCGGCGGCCUCGCCCCGGUAAAGCGCACCGCCGACGACGUCUACCGCGCCACCUACAGGAAGCUCAUGGAGCGCAACGCGGCCUACUACCGCAAGUACUCCGAGGAUAUGGUCACGGUCCGCCGUCUUGCCGAGUACAUCCAGGACAGAGGCGGGAUCCCCCUCCCAUCGGGCGGUAAACUGACCGUCCAACUUUUCCUCACACUGGGCCUCGCCUUUGGAAGCCACGGCGGUCUGGAUGAUAUCCACUCGCUUGUGCUCCGCCUCGGCGCCGACAUCGAACAAUUCGGCUUCUUCACGCGAGCCUCGCUGGCCGCCUUCGAGUCCCAUAUCCCCUACGACAACAACCCCAUCUAUGCCAUCCUCCACGAGGCCAUCUACAACACCAAGCAAAGGGGCUCCCCACCCUCAAAUUGGGCUGCCGACCGCAUAGGACGGGAGCUCCAACCUUUCUCCUGGCUCGCCGAUCCCGCAAACUUCCUCAAAUCUACCCCGUCCCACGAGCCUUUGUACUUUUCGGGCGAGAUGGUUUACCCUUUUUACUUUGAGGGUACGACCGGGCCGGAGCUGGCGCGCAUGGCUACCGCGGCUGACAUCUUGGCCAAGACGGAGGAGUGGGACGAAGACUUGUAUGACGAGGAUCAGCUGCGCCGGAAUCAGGUGCCCGUGUACGCCAUCUCUUACGUGGACGACAUGUACGUCGACUUUGAGCUGGCCCGAGAGACCGCGGCAUUGGUGAAGGGGAUCAAGGUCCACGAGACCAACGGAUGGUAUCACGAUGCGGUCAGGUCCAAGUCGGAGGAGGUGUUUGCCGCCCUGUUCAAGCUGAGGGAUGAUAAUAUCGACUGAGCCAGUUCGACUUACGCGUCAGGAUCUAAGAGAUCUCCCUGAGGUCAUGUAGAAGCACCACCUCUACAGUUGUUGGUCUUGACGCGGAUUGAAAUCUAGGGCGGAACACACAGGAUACAACGAUUUGACGGCCUUUGUCCGGUCAAAAAUCAAAGAAAGUAUGAACCAAGUCAGGUAGAGACUCGAGACGAAGAAGGGUCAACGCAGUACUUUGCACUUAAAAACUCUCUUCAUGGCAUCAGUCUUUCUCGCAUUCCAAAUUCG